AUGCAUUCUUAUUACAAUUUCAAUAUUUGCAGCCGUAAACAGCAGAGCGUUCAAACUGAUGACCUACCCCAGGAAAAGGACAGCUUCCAACCCCUACCGCGCCGAAACCUUCCGACAAACUUCUCUCAAACCAUUCUCCUCUCUCCACCAAUCCCUCUACCGCAGACAAACCGAAAAUCACCCCAGUCUUCCCAUCACUCCAAGGCUAAAUUGGUGCUUGUAUAUGAGACGAGAGAUUCCUGCGGGAAGCCGAUUGACCAACCAUCCCUGACCACCGAUGAAGCGGAAAAACAAGUUCGACUCAUCCGUCCCGCCGCAGAUGCAUCACCUGCAGUUGGGGGCAUUUCCAACGCACCGAAAAACUUCCCAUCGGAUGGAGCAUUUUCUGACCAGGACUCCAUGAAGGAUUUUUGCACCGCGGUCUUGAGCGAUCAAAUUUCUGUCGUUGUAAAUGGCAGUGAUGGAUGCGUGAUCUAUUUGAACCCCGUCGGUAAAAGGGAUGUCUCACGAUUCGUUGGGAAUGAUGCUACCACAGCCCAUUUUGGUCUCAUCCCCACAGCCAUUCAGUGGUUGUUUAAUGCUCUCAAAGAUCAGUGCCCAACACCUUUCUACCUCACGGUAUCCGCUGCAGAGGUCUGCAUUGGAGGUAGCAAGAGUAGCGAUCUACUUUCUGAAUCGAAAAAUUUGGUUGACCGUAGGGAUGCCGCUGGUGUGGACACACGAGUGCACGAUGGAAAUUGCACGCAUUUACGACUGUUCCAGCUCGAUGCUCAUGCGGGUUUGGGUAGCCACAACGCAUUCACCGCACUUUGCGAUGCAUUUGAGUAA